AAAAUUGUGCCUUGUACAAGUGAAUUCUGCCUCCCCCAGUCGUUGAACUCUGCUUCACUCAUCCAGAAUGUGCACACACCGGCGAAAAAACAGCAUCAGUACAGUGAGUUAGCAUGUUUUAAUCUUCUAUUUUUAGUUAUUUUGUUCAAUUUUCUUACAUUCAUAAUUUAAUUCUUGCAAAAAUGGCUACUUCUUCAAUGACUUUUUUUGCUCACCUUAAACCUUAUCCAUGUCCUCCACCUCAAAUUUCUUCUUCUAAUCUACUGUUUUCUUCAACUUUUAAAUCUUCCCCAUUUAUCUCUUAUUCAUUAGCUCAAAAACCCAGUUCUUCUUCUUCAUCAACAACUUCUGAUUCUUCCCAUAAACUCCCUUCAAAUUUUACUCCAAAACAGUUGCUUGAAACUCUCAGAAAAGAAAAUGAUGCAGAAAUGGCACUUUGGGUGUUUGAUUGGGCUUCAAAACAGCCUAAUUUCACACCCACUUUGUCAGUUUAUGAAGAAAUUCUUAGGAAGCUUGGAAAUGAAGGGUCUUUUGAUUCAAUGAAAAGGGUUUUGGAAGAAAUGAAGCAAUUGGGUUGUGAGAUGAAUGAAGGUACUUUUUUGAUUUUUAUUGAUUCUUAUGUGAGUUCUGGUUUGUUUGAUGAAGCUGUUUAUGUAAUUGAUAUGAUGGAGAAAGAAUUUGGGGUAAGUUGUGGCACUCAUACCUUUAAUUUCUUGUUGAAUGUUCUUGUUGAUGGGUAUAGGUUGAAAUUAGUUGAGAGUGUUCAUUCUAGAAUGGUGGAAAGUGGGGUUAAGAAAGAUGUUUCAACAUUUAAUAUAUUGAUAAAAGGGCUUUGUAAAGCUCAUCAGAUUAGGCCUGCCCUUAUAAUGAUGGAAGAGAUGGAAAGCCAUGGAUUGAUCCCGGAUGAGAAAUCGUACACAACUAUUAUGCAGGGUUAUAUAGAGGAAGGGAAUAUGGAAGGCGCUUUGCGAGUUAGAGAACAGAUGGUGGAGGCUGGUUGUGCCUCAACAAAUGUGGCUGUAAAUGUUUUGAUUUACGGGUUCUGCAAGGAGGGAAGGAUAGAAGAAGCGUUGAGCUUCGUUCAAGAAAUGGCUCUUGAAGGAUUUUAUCCUGAUCAGUUUACAUUUAACACUUUGGUGAGUGGUUUGUGUAAUAUGGGUCAUGUUAAACAUGCAUUAGAGGUGUUAGAUGCUAUGCUUGAAGAAGGGUUUGAUCCAGAUAUUUUCACUUAUAAUGCUCUAAUAUCAGGGUUGUGCAAACUGGGUGAGAUUGAAGAGGCAAUGGAAGUACUUGAGUUAAUGGUUUUAAGGGGUUGCACUCCAAAUACUGUUACAUACAACACUUUGAUAAACGCUAUGUGUAAAGAGAAUCAAGUCGAGAAAGCCACUGAAUUCGUGCGUCUUCUUACAAGCAAGGGAAUUCUGCCUGAUGUAUGUACAUUCAAUUCUCUUAUACAAGGUCUUUGCUUGUCAAGAAACCACAAACUUGCAAUGGAACUAUUCCGGGAUAUGAAAAAUGAUGGGUGCCGGCCUGAUGAAUUUACCUAUAAUAUGCUAAUAGACAGCCUGUGUUCUAGGGGAAAAAUAGAUGAAGCUUUGAACUUGCUCAAGGAAAUGGAGUUAAGUGGUUGUGCAAGAAAUGUGGUAACAUAUAAUACACUAAUUGACGGAUUUUGCAAAAACAAGAGGAUAGAAGAUGCCGAAGAGAUCUUUGAUCAGAUGGAACUUCAAGGAGUUUCAAGAAAUUUAGUUACUUACAAUACCCUCAUCGAUGGUCUUUGUAAGAUUAAGAGAAUGGAGGAUGCAGCUGAACUUAUGGAUCAGAUGAUAAUGGAAGGGUUGAAACCUGACAAGUUUACUUACAACUCCUUGCUUUUACACUUUUGUAGGGCAGGUGAUUUAAAAAAAGCAGCAGAUAUAGUGCAAACAAUGACUUCUAAUGGGUGUGAACCUGAUAUUGUUACUUAUGGAACCUUAAUUCAAGGGCUUUGUAAAGCAGGUCGGGUUGAGGUUGCCACUCGACUCCUCAGAAGUAUACAGAUGAAAGGAAUGAUUCUAACUCCUCAUGCAUACAACCCGGUAAUACAGGCUCUCUUCAAACGGAGACAGUCAAAAGAAGCCAUGAGACUUUUUCAAGAAAUGGUGGAGAAGAGUGAUUCUCCAGAUGCUGUAACUUAUAAGAUUGUUUUUCGCGGUCUUUGCUCUAGUGGAGGGCCGAUUGGAGAAGCUGUUGAUUUUCUGGUUGAGAUGCUAGAGAAAGGUUUCAUUCCAGAGUUCACUUCAUUUAUGAUGCUAGCUGAUGGUCUUUGUUCUCUAGCAAUGGAGGACACCCUGAUGAAGCUUGCUCAUAUGAUCAUGAAACGCGCAAAGUUCUCAGACAACGAGGUUUCUAUGAUCAAAGGUUUUAUGAAAAUUCGUAAAUUUCAAGAUGCAUUGGCUACCCUUGGCCGUAUUUUGAAUGCUCGAAUGCCCCGAAGAAGUUACAGGUGAAGAAGAGUAUGAGGUAGCCUAUCUCUCAAGUCUUAAGCUCAAGCCUGUAAUUGUAACACACAAAUAUCCUUGAGUUGAAAUACGUGUUCCUGAUAAAGUCUAUGUUUGCUGAAAGAGAAGCCAUUUCUUUGUUGUUGAGGCCAUAAUUUCAUGAUUCUCAUAUGUCAUA